AUGACGACCAUUUCGGCAGAAAAUGCUUCGAAGGCGUUGGAAUUUAAAAACCAAGGGAAUGCUUUCAUAAAAGAAAAAGAUUACACGAACGCAGUGGAGUGCUACACAAAAGCGAUCGAAUUAGAUGACUCUCAAUCCAUUUUCUUCUCCAACAGGGCAUUUUCCCAUCUCAAAUUGGACAACUUUCAAUCUUCAUUACAUGACUGUGACAGUGCCAUCAGACUAGAUUCUGGUAAUAUCAAGGCGUACCAUAGACGUGGCCUUGCUUAUAUUGGAUUGCUCGAAUUCGUUAAGGCCCGCAAAGACCUUAGAGUAGUGUUGAGAUCUAAGCCUAAUGAACCUACGGCAACAAGAGCGCUAGAGGUAUGUGAAAAGUUCAUAAGAGAGGAAAAGUUCAGAAAAGCAAUUAGUGGUUCGGAUAACGAGGUAAAGGUCAAUUUGUGUGCCACGGUUCAGCUUUCUUCAUUUGAUGGAAACGCCGAUAUUACCAAAUACGAAGGGCCCAAGCUAAGCUUGGAGCAGUUGAUUGAUGAAAAAUCAUCUCCAGCCGGUGCGAAGAUCACUAAUAUGUCUCAAGAGUUCGUAUCGAGCUUGGUGAAUGACAUCUUUCUGAAGGGUAAGAACUUGCCAAAGAAAUAUGUUGCAGCGAUCAUAUCUCAUGCAGAGCGUUUGUUCCGUCAGGAACCUACUGUUGUAGAGCUUGACAAUACAUCAGAAACCGAUUUUAAAAUUUCAGUUUGUGGUGAUACGCAUGGUCAAUUUUACGAUGUGCUUAACAUUUUCAAAAGAUUUGGCAAAGUCAACUCUAAACACACUUAUUUGUUCAAUGGUGAUUUUGUGGAUCGUGGAUCGUGGUCAUGCGAGGUUGCCAUUUUAUUCUAUUGUCUCAAGAUUCUUUUUCCUAACAGAAUUUUCCUCAAUAGAGGGAAUCACGAAACUAACAACAUGAACAAAAUAUAUGGAUUUGAGGAUGAAUGCAAAUACAAGUAUUCUGCAAGAAUUUUCGAGAUGUUCUCUCAAAGUUUUGAGAGUUUGCCCUUGGCAACAGUUAUUAAUAACAAAUAUCUUGUCAUGCAUGGUGGGUUGAGCAGUGAUCCUAAUGUUGACUUGAAUGACUUCAAAAAGAUCGACAGAUUUUCACAACCGCCUAGAGACGGUCCCUUCAUGGAACUUUUAUGGUCAGACCCUCAAGUUGCAAAUGGUCUGGGUCCAUCGCAACGUGGCCUGGGCUUUGCCUUUGGCCCUGAUAUCACUGCCAGCUUUCUCUCCAAGAAUAAACUAUCCAAGAUUUUCAGAUCGCAUGAGGUUAGAAUGGGCGGGGUGGAAUUCGAGCACAAUAAAAAAUUGGUGACAGUUUUUAGUGCACCAAACUACUGUGAUGCUCAAGGAAACCUUGGUGGUAUAAUCCACGUAGUUCCUGGUAUGGGCAUCGUUAACCAAAAUGGCAAUGACGAUGAAGACUUAAUUGUGGAUACCUUUGAGUCGGUUUCACAUCCUGAUAUCAAACCGAUGGCGUACUCUAAUGGGGGGUUGGGUUUUUGA